CGGGAGGGCGCAUGAUUACCAUCUCGGAGAGAAUCGCCCCGGCGCUGCCCACCCCACCGGAGGCGUGCGAGGCGGAGGGAUUGGCGGAGGUCGGGCGCAGCGAGUGGAUAUUCCGGGUGCUGGCAAACGUAAGCAGCUAUACGCCCGCGGGGAACAUGCUGCUGUCCUUCUGGCCCACGGAUCUCUUCACCACGCAGGGAGGCAAUGAGGAGGAUCUGUCUUUUGGACUUACGAGCAUGCGGUUUGAGAUGUGCGUCAAGUUCAGG